GAACACGCAGCGCGCGGUCACAAUUCCCAUAGCCAGUCCAUCGCGGGGAUAACUCAGCCAGGAUAAUCAUACAUCGUGCGAUCCUUCGAGGGUCGCCGGAAAGGUUAAAGCUCGAAAGGGCACAGUACCAAAAAAAAAAGGAGUGAUAGUGAGUGAAUGUGAGUGUGGCACUAUGAGCACUAGCGGGGUCACCACCCACUCUGACCCCUUCCACGCCGUUUGAACUUGUGGCAAAGCCGCAAAUGCAACUGCAGCGGCAACGGCAGCGGCAACGGCUAGUUUGUGAAUUUGCAACGUGCCACGGGCUAAACACUACUGACACCUCCAACUCGUUCGGUCCCCGAAAAAAAUCCCUGUCCAUCGUAACGCGUUUUUCGCCAUUACCCGUAACCCGCGUAACUCGUUUCGCAUCCGUAUUCCGCGUUCGCGUCGCAGUCCGUUGAGCUGGCAGCCAAAAAUGUCGGUUUAGUUGCGCCACUGCUAUAUUAUCUAUAUGCACACCGAGGGCCGGGAACUCGACUCGCAGAUAUUGCAUCCUAUAGCCGCGGAACGUGUCACCGUCGCCAUUGCCAUCGCCAUCGCCGCACCGCUGGCCAUGUGAACUGUGAAGCAAACAAUUUAAAACUAUAAAACCAAUUAAUAACCAAUGAAGGAAAAAACGCCAAUGUAAAAAAGAAAUUUCAUAAAAACCAUAACUUUAACGAUACAUAUCAAUGUUAGUCUGAUUUUCUUUAAAUGCUAUUAGAUUAAACAAAUAUUUAAAUGCAUAUCAAAAUAUUUAAAGUGCUAAGAAUGAUUAAAAGCAACAGAGUUUAAAGCAUAGCCCCGGGCCGUUGAGUUGAUUUAAAAUUCCGAGAGAGAGAAGCAAGUGAAGCGUUGAAAACAACAAAAAGCCGGUGGCAAAAUAAAUCUUUAAUUAAAUCGACUGUGCAGAAGGAUGCAAUUUAAUUGAAUGGAUAUAGCGAAUCACGCGAGUGUUCCCCGUCUCAAGACACGCACAUCGGUGGCGCAAAAUCGCUUUGUCAUGUAAUGUCUUUAUGCCCCUCAGCGGAUCAAGUGCUUAGGCGAUAAGGAAAAGCAACUGUGUGGCGGCUUCACGCCGGAUUUAUAUGCAUAAAUGAAGGCACGCAUGCUCCGGCCGUAAGCCAAAGUUGAAGGGGGCCUAGGAUUCCAUCGCACGGCGGAUUAGCUGCAACAUAAAGGCGCAAACACAACACAAAGGUCCUGGGAAAAAAAUACACGGGGUUUUUGCCUCGCAGCGGGAAGCUGGGAUUUGGCGCCCUCCAUGACGUCAACAGUGUGUAAAUGGGCGAGCAAUUAAGCCGUUAACGAUGUGCCCGCUCUCAAAGGCUCCACGCAGGACCUCCACGACCUCCAGGACCGCCAGGACCCCAACGAUCCAGAUAGCGAUAGAACGCCCGAUAGAGUCCUUUACGAGCAUAAGCGAACCAAUGAAAAAUGCAUUCAGCUGCGCUGUGUCCAAUGUCGCUGAUUAAUUCCAAUUGAACCGUAGACAACGUCCUCUGGUAUCUGGUAUCUGGAUUUCAUUUGUGCUACAACCAAUGACAACAUGCUGAAACCGUUGGCCGUGAUUAUUGGGAUUUUUUAUUUAGGUUCCACCAUUAAGGGCGUCGUGGCCAUACUGAACUGUAUCCUGGCACGUCAGCUGUGCUUCGAGGAUCCCUCAUGCUCGGCCAUACUGGAAAUUAUACCGCGCGUCUGCGGGCCCAUACCAGUGUCCUGCAGCACGGUGACGGUGACCAAGUGCCAGGCGGCCCUUCGCACCCUGCAGGCCUUCCAGUUCUUCCGGCCCACCUGCCUGUGCAAGGAGCCUGGAAUGGAUCCCGACUGCAACCACUUCCGGGACUUUCUCUUCGAUCAUCCCUGCGGAUUUGUGUUGAAGAAAGCCGAGAAGGAUCCUUACCCAAUUGACGCACUUCCAACUUGCAACCAUGCGCUUUCCGUCUGCCAGCAGGAACGCAAAUGCCUGAAGCUCUUCGAGGACUUUAAAACGCAUUGCAAAGUGCGCGACAACAAGUGCAAAAUGGAAAACAGGGACGCCUGCCACGACUCCUGGACCAACCUGCGGCUGUCGCCCAUGUUCGGCUGCAUCUGCCCGAACAACCAUAUGAAAAAGCGCUGUGAUCGUAUCUUUAAUAUUGUUAAUCACAAUCCGUGUGUGGUAAGAAUAUUGGGCAUGGACGAGAAACUGCAUCAGAGAAUCUUCAAUGAUAAUUUGGCCCUAAUUGAUACGCCACUUAUAGUGAUGGGUUCCGGUUCCGGCACGGUCACCACAUCCGGAUCCGGUUCCGCCCCCGGUUACGGCCUGGGCCUGGGCAUGGGCAUAGGCCUGUCCGGCAGCUUUAACUAUCCGGGCUCGAUGCACGGCGUGCCCAGCUAUCCGUUCAAUAUAAGCGGCUUCCAUCAGCGGCACAUGGCAGCGGCGGCUGCCGAUAAUGAAGCAUUCGAUAUCAUUGAUACGGGCUUGGGCUACGGCGGAAACGGAAAUGCCGGUGUUUACUACCAAAGUGGUCAGGAUGUCGAAGUUGACCUCUCAACGGAAAUAAUCAAGCAACACUUUCAGAGUACCUGUCACACGGCAUUGGACACUUGCCGGGAAGAUCCGUCCUGCUCCUCGUCCCUGCAGCCCAUGCUGACGCACUGCGAGCUGCACCGGUGCAAUCGCAACGCGUGCAUGUCCUCGUUGCAGGCCUUCUACAAGGGGCCCCACGAGGACCUCAAUCUGGACAUCGCCUUUUGUCUCUGCAAAAAAACCGGCGGCGGCCAGCAGAACGGCAAUGGCAAUCGGCACGACAUGUGCAUGAUUGCACAGGAAAAACUGCAUCCAGUGUGCGCGCAGCGCCCGCCCGAUAACAGUAAUCCGGCCAGCUCCAAUGGCAUUUACUACCAUCCGCCGCCCGCCUGUCACGUGGUCGCCGACAGCUGCAAGGAGGACCGCGAGUGCAGAUUAAAGUUGGAGUACUACGAGCAGGCCUGCGCCGUGGAUAGCGUGACCAAAAAAUGUGCCGGCAGACCCAGUGGCUGUCGAACGGCCAUGAUUGGCAUUCUGGGCACCAUGUUGAGGACGACCUGUGCCUGCCAAGGAACGGAUCCGCAGCACCUGUACCAGUGCGUGGGAUGGCGACGCCUCCUGUGGAUGAACCCCUGCGUGGUCGAGGCUCAAAAGGAUUUCCAUAUGAAGCGAUUGGCCGAGCUCGGUUUCCUUACCACCACAACGACGACGACCACCACGACGACAACAACCACUACGACGACGACCACGCGGGCACCACCGCCCCCACCGCCGCCCACCACAACAACAACGACGACGACCAGCCUGCAGCCGAGGCAAACGCCAAGAAAGCCGGCGACGCACAUCUUCAAGGACGUCAGUGCGCCAAAAGAGAAAUCAGAGCCAACAUCGGUGGAACACAAUUAUCUCGAUCCGCCCGAUUCAAUACCGCUGCCCAGCGUAAAUGUCGAGAGCGGCGGAAAUGGCGGAAAUGACGAUUAUCACAAUGGCAACGGCAACGGCAACGGACACGGAAAUGGAAAUGGCAAUGCUAACGGCAGACGUAAAAAUGGCGGAAAGGGACGUGGCGGCAGUGUAGAUUUCGAUGAUCCAGUAAUUUUCGUCGACCCAAGGGAAACAACUGAAUUCGUGGGCAUCAGCAUCACGGAGCCGGUAACCACAACAACCACAACGAUGGCCACCACGACAACAACUCAGCCGCCAAGAAACUGUGUUGUCCAGCGACCCCGGCAGUCGGAUCAACUUAUUCGUGAGGGCAGUAGCAAGCGGAUCUACUCCCUGGACGACGUCGAGUGCAGUGAGCUGUGCAGCUGCGGCGAGUCGCUCAUCCUCACCUGCCACGCCCUCUGCGUGCCAUUCGCCCCCUGCCGCACCGCCCUGGCCUUCUACAGCCACGCCUCCCCCGCCUACCAGGCCUUCCGCGGGCGCUGCCUGUGCUACUCGGGCCGCUUCAUCUGCAUGAAGCCGCCGCUCGGGGAGUACAUUCUGCCAGGUGGGAUUUUCCUGCUGCUGGGCUACAGUGCAGCGGACGAGGCGCUGCUGAGGCCCCACACCAACCUGGGGGUCCAGGAUGCCGUGCGCGCCCUUCAGCAGUAUGUAACCACAUACAUCGAUAAUCAGACGCAGUGCACCCUCACGCUGUUCAAUAUGACCGAGGAGAACAUCAUCAUUGCUGCGCGUCUGCCGCACGACGGCAAACUGAAGGAUAUUGAGCUGCUGCGCAAGGAGAAGGACGAGUGCACCGCGAUUCUGAAGACCAUCAGUCACCAAAUCAAUAGCGAGCACAGUGAGCUGCAAUCCCACCGACUGCUGAGCAUUUUCAAAAUGUCCGAGGUCGAGGUCGUCUGGCCGGAGAGCACCAGUGCGGCGGCGAGGAGUGGACACGGUCCUGGCCAGCUAGCCGGAGCCCAGAGUCGCAGGCUGCUCUUCGCGGCCAUGCUCGCGCUGGCCUAUCUCUCCAGCUGGACAACGCUGCGGAUGAGCGAUGUGGCGACAUGACAGCCGCAUAGCCGAGGGAUUAGAGCCAGGACAAUUGCAUAACUGUAUGUAGUAGAUACUUCUGGGGGACUAUCAUCGUCAUCUGCAUCAUCCACAAAGGUGGGAAACUGCGCCGGGCGAGUUGCAGGAGAGGUGGAACGAUAGCGAUAACUAUAAACUAUAAUGAUAUGGUGCAUACUCUUAACAUAGCGUAAUCAUAUUGUGUUGUAUACAUCUAGGCGCUAGUUCUGUGUUUAGCUGCGAUUUUUGUGAAGCUUUGUUGUUGACCCUUGACGAUGUUGCUGUCUCUUUUGAUACGUACACACAGUACAUAUGUGUAGCAUUAUGGGAUAUACAAGACAUACUUAUAGAACAUACACACACGUACGCCUAGAACCCAUCUAGAUUAAUCUAUACUUUAAUGUGAAAGGAAACUGCUGUCUACAUAAUAAUAUUGUUAGCACACAACAGAGGCGAACUCGAGAGUUGGAUUUGACGAGGCGUGUACAUAGAAGGCAUAUGCAUUAAGUACUAUCCGUAGCUAGUGUUUUAUACGGUAAACAAUACACACAACUCCUCUCCGUCCGUCCGAUCGUCAUUAUCGCACCCAAACACACACGGAACACAACAAUUAACACUACAAUGGCAUGGCUCUUAUUGUUUGCUCUUUAAGCUCUAUAAAGUUCUUGGCCGCCUCAAUUAAAAAGAAUUAUUAACCGCCUUAACAGUGUUUACUUUGUUCCGCGACUGCGAGUGCCUCUCCUGGAUAUGCCAGUCCUCUUUUGAUUUUUAAUUACAUUUUAAUGCGGCCUGGCCUCCGCCUUUUUCCCUCUGCCGGGCAAACAAAUAAUAUUCAGGCGUGCGAAUGAACUCAUUUAACACUCACAGUCGCACUCGCAUUCGCACUCGCAUUCGAAUUUGCGGAUGAGCGUGCAAAACGUUAUUGUUAAUUUAUUUCAUAGUUUUCCGUUUCGUUUGGAGGCGCGAAAACAAUUACGGUUUCAUUAUCAAUUAUGCGUUCUGCAUUUCGAUUGUUGCCACAAUUUCACCGGGCCGAGAGCCGUGACCUCGCCUCGUUUCAACAGGUUUCAUUGCUACCCUUGCCCCCAGAACCCCGAGUCCAUAAUCCCGAUCACCUUUUCGGUUCGCUGUACAUACUCUAACCACUUUGAAGUCUACUUACGUAAUUAAAUACUAACAGUACAUAUCAAUAUGAACACCUAAACGAGUUUUACACAGAAACAAAAUUCUUACAAUGUCCCUCGAUUGCUCGAAUCUUUUGUACAUAGUUCUUUAUACCAAAAACUAUACAUAAUAUUUACAACGAUAUACAAGAGGAAAGCACUUGCCUGAGUCAACUCUAUGAAAUAUGACUCAAAUGGGUGUAUAUUGAACGAAACUUCAGUUGAGCCUUAAGUAAUGUGUGUAAGAGCGAGGAAAAUAGCUUUUGUAAAUAGAGGAAGCCACCACACCUGAGUGAAUGGAAUCUGCCUGAAAGAUAAUUGAGUGUUUGACACAUGAACACACGCUACUCACGCACCACUCACUUUAAGUCUAAGCUUGACCAUUUGAACCGAAACUUGUGGCAGAGUGUAACGUGCGCAUCUUGAAAAUGGUCACAAUCAUGAAAAAAUGUCUUCCUUAAUGCAUAUACUCGGCGAUAUGUAUUAUGUUUACACACAUAACUAUAAAUAUACUUAUUACCUAUACCUAUACGAUGUCUGGCAAGACCCAAGCCUACGCUUCAGUUAGUCGAACGAUAAUGUAUUAUAGACACCAAGGGCUAAAACCAUAUCGCUAUCGAAUAUCCCUGCAAAUUAUAACACUGUUGACACAAGUUAAAACUAACCGCAGCAUAUCUAAGUCAAAUAUACCCCCAAAUAAAUAAAUAUAUAUUGAUAAAUAUACGUAUGCGUAAAGUUAUAAACGUUAGAGAGCAUUGAAAACUACUUUAAUAGUGUCUAGAGAAAGCAACGCUUUAACCCCAAUACUAUAUAGGCAGCCACAGCAGAAAAGUGUAAAGUUUAUUGGAAACCUGCUUGGCAUAUCUUCUAGCUAAAUAUUAGACGAAUUUAAGGCUAUCUAAAAACAACUUAUCGAACCGCGAGGGACAGAGCAAACGAGUAGAAUUGUUGGGCAUUGGAUUUCAGUUCAUUUGGCAUCCCAUCCACAUCGUUUGAUGGCCCAUCGUUUGAUGGCAGCAACUAAGUCGUUAUAGUUUCGGAUCAUAUCAGUAUACCAUUCGGGGCAGGUCGGGUGUAUUGUCUCAUCUCAUCCCCUCACCUAUAGGGUGCGGACAAAGCGUAGCUACAAUGUAAAGUACCGUUAAAGUAAAAUGAUAAAUGAAAAAUGAAGUGCAGAGCAGCAGGAAAAACAAGAUGGAAAUGAGGAAAAUUACAAAAUAGUCGCAUUAAUGUAAAAAGCAAGCAAAAUGCAGAAGGAAACUAGCACUCAAAUAGCCAUCUGUAGCAUGGAUACGUAUAAAUUCGAGGAUAGCAAAUCAGAAAGGCAUCGUAAUAAACGUGAAACAGAGGAAAUACUUUGGGAAAUAUGCAUGAGGAAUACGAGAGCCACUCUUCAAGUUUAAAGCUGUAAGUUGAAACCUAAAAUAAAUGAUAUAUAUACACGAUACGUUAGGAUUGCAUACGAGUGUGUGUUUGUAAGUAAGUGGGCUUUAUGUUAGCGUAUACAACCGAAUUGAGGUACAUGGAUAAAGAUACAUCUAAAAAUAAAUUAUGAAAGUAUGAAAUAAUGCAAAGCGAAUGAAAAGCAAGCGAUACGUCGUGGCAUAUUUGUAUUAAAAACAUUGUAAGUGAAACAGCAAGAACAAGAGAAGAAAAAAUAAAGAAAACCACAAAAUAUAGAAAUUAAA